AUUGACCUCGCCGCAGCGUCACAGGCCAUCAUGAGGAGGCAUAGCCUCCAUACUUUCGCUCCAACUGGGUUUUGUCGCCUUCCGGCCUACACCCAAGAAAUCCUACUGUACUUUACGAUUCUUUUAUAUGAAGUGAUUCGUUUAUUCAUUUUGGCACCGUCGAUGUCUUAGAUGCCCAUAUAGUUCAUUUCGUAUCUCUCUGUCUCUCAUGAAUAUCCUGAGAAUCACACCAGCCGAAUUGAAUUUGAAGGCUGUACUUCUCAAUGGGCAAUCUUUCAGAUGGCGGGUCUUGAAUGAGUCGUAUUAUGGAGUCGUAGAAGGCGUCCUUUUUUAUCUGAAACGUCGGGAUGAAAGUUCAAUUGAGUGGUGCUGCCUAGGUAAAGCUGCCAGAAGUCUGAACAUAGACCCGGCAACAAAACUUUGCAAGUAUUUGCAGUUAGAAGUUUCUCUUUCCGAGUUAUGGGACGACUGGUCUUCGAAGGAUGCAUUCAUGAGUGAACUUAGAGGGGUACAAGAUCUGCAUGGCAUAAGAAUACUCAGACAAGAACCACUAGAGACAUUGAUUGCAUUCAUCUGCUCUGCUAACAACAAUAUUCCCAGAAUAUCGGGUAUGGUUAAUAAGUUAGCAAAGCUGUAUGGCGAUCCGAUAGUGUUUGAUUCACCAUCACAAUACAGCUAUGUGCUAGAAAAGUAUCCCGAAUUGGCCUACGCUUUUCCAACUUUGCCUCAACUGAUAGCCGUUCAGGAUGAACUCACAGCUGUGCUGCGAGAGCAACAGUUUGGAUAUAGAGCCAGUUAUGUAAGUGAGACUGUCCGGAAGCUGGGCAAGAUGCCUUCGGAUACUCUUGAGGAUCUCGCUCGUCUUCCAUGUGAGGAAAUUCGAAAGGCACUUCGCGAAUUUUCCGGAGUGGGACCCAAGGUCGCUGAAUGUGUAGCGUUGAUGUCAAUGGGACAAAACCAUUGUGUCCCCAUUGAUCGCCAUGUCUUUGAGAUCACCAAAAGGUACUUUUUGCCACAUUUGAAGGAGUCCUCGCUGACCGAAAAUCUGAAUCGUCGCCUCAUGCAGUUUUAUGAAGAAAAAUUUGGAGCCUAUGCUGGUUGGGCCCAGGCAGUGCUGUUCAACCAGCAACUUGAGAAAUUUAUUCAACAUCCUGUAGCAACAUAUCAGUCAUCACGUCCGAAAAGCGUCGCUAGUGCCAAAAUCACGAAGAAAAAAGUGAAAUUAUCCAGAAAAGGAUCUCCUACUUUGCCUUGCACCUCGACCUUUCGAUCUUUGUACUCCAACUUUUUAUGGGAGGGUCCUCUGCUGACUGGUUCUAAUACAUUUGAUUCUUUUAUUUGUAUGUCAGUACCAGUCGACCCUACUCUCGACUGCAGCGCUGCCGUGUAUCUUCUUGAAAACUCAAAGGUACAAACUCCAGCCGAGGCACUCGCGCAGCCCAACAUGUACGCACCUGCCACUCCUGGUCAAGAACAGCAGCAACAAGUAAUGGAUAGUCCAGAGCCACCAAAAGGAAGGCUGGAAAGGUUUCGCGACUAUCUUGGGCGGACGUGCUGUUCGUGUUUUCUGAAAUUACCCGUUGUCGUGAUCAUUGUCGCGAUAUGCAUCAUACUGGCUCUACUGCUGGCACUCAUACCUACCAUAGUAAUUCUAACAAAUUCGGAACGUUUGCAAACGCGCCAGUCGGACGGUCUAGAAGCUGGGGUAAUUCGUGGCAACCACUUCUUCCCCAAGCCUGAUCCCAUAGAAAUUGAUGAGGAGGACAUGGACAAGCUGCGAGGUUCUAAUAUUCGAUUAGUGCAUGGAAUUCCAUCCACAGCCCUCUUCCCUCCGAAUGUGUCCCUCUGUGAGGGUUACGGGUUUGCUUGUACGAACGAACCGAGUGUGGUUAUAAGCACAGCACUGCGAUGCGAUGGAAAAAGCGACUGUCCCGAUGGUUCAGAUGAACUGAACUGCAAACGUUGCCAAUCGGCAUUCUCAUGCUCUAUCUCUCCGAAGACUAAAGUGAGAGUCUGUCUACGAGCGGAGCAAAUGUGCGAUGGCGUAACGCACUGUCCUGAUGGCUACGAUGAGGAGAAGCACUGUAAAACAACGUGUGAUGAAGGUGAGAUGAGCUGUCCAUCAACAGCGCUGUGUCUUCCACCAUCAUCAAUAUGUGACGGGAUUGUUGACUGUGAUACAGAAGAUGAUGAGGUCAACUGCGAAGAAUGCAAUCGUGGAGCAAAGUUCUGUGAAGUGACGAAGCGUUGCAUUCCAGCAGGGCAACUAUGCGAUGGUAUUCCACAAUGUCCGGAUAAGUCGGACGAGCAGGGUUGUAACUGUCGCUCAUGCUGUGGAUCUGACAAGGCACUGUGUGCCAGCGGAGAAUGUCUAGAACGAUCCAAAGUUUGCGAUGGAAUAGUGGAUUGCGAAGAUGGUAUGGACGAAAAGGAUUGUCCGGGAACCUGUCUUCUGGAGGAAGGUGCGAAGAUACCUAUGGUGCGAUGUGCUGACGGAAGAACCUAUCCGGAAGCGGAAGCAUGUUCUGGAGCAAUAGAACAAUGCGCUUACAAUUGCACGAAAUGUGAUCCUCGCUUAGCUUUCACUUGCAAGGAUAAGAAGUGUGUUCCGCAAAUGUUGGUUUGUGAUGGAAUCGAAGAUUGUGCCGAAGGAGAAGAUGAACGAAGUUGCACCUGUGCGGGUUUCGACAAGUUUGAAUGCCGGUCUGCUUCCGGGAAGACCAAGUGCAUCUCAAAGACCAAGGUUUGCGAUGGGGUAUGGGACUGCAUGGACGGAAAGGACGAGAUGCAGUGCAAAGCGUGUCCACACGAUACUAUUCGUUGCGCCCAAGAGGGCAAGUGUAUCCCGAAAAUUUCACGGUGCGAUGGCAUAGCGGAUUGCAAAGACGGCUCCGAUGAGGCUGGUUGCACAUGCCGAGAGUGCAUAGGGCAUCACUGGAAUACUUAUAUGUGUGGAGCGGGUUCACACUGCUUCAGAAGAGAUGAAGUUUGUGCACCGUACACCAUAUGCCCGAAUGCGACAAAGGCUGAUAAAGUAUACUGCGCGGGAAGAGCGUUGCGGGGAGUGGACUGGCUCAGUAAAGGCUUCGACUAUUGUCUGGCUCAUUUUAAAGCUGGAAAAGCUUUGCGAUCCAGACAGUCGCUGUGA